UUCGUGGUCACCGGUACCGGCAGCAGACGCGGUGACUCCAGCGUCCUCUAACGACCACCACCCUGUCAUGAAUCUGUAGGCGAGAUUUGGAUUUCGGGAUCUGUGGAGGACAGAAUGCGGACCGACAUGAUCGUGGAAGAGGAAUUCGAGCUGAAAGAAGAAGAGCCGUGGUUCGACAAGCAGGACCUGGAACAUGACCUGCAGCUUGCCGCCGAACUGGGCAAGAACCUCCUGGACAGGAACCGGGAGCUGGAGCAAGGACUUCAGCAGAUGUACUCCACCAACCAGGAGCAGUUGCAGGAGAUCGAGUACCUGACCAAGCAGGUGGAGCUACUCCGGCAGGUGAACGACCAGCACGCUAAAGUGUACGAACAGCUGGACAUGUCGGCCCGAGAGCUGGAGCAGAGCAACCACAAGCUGUCUCUGGACAACCGCACCGCGCAGCAGAAGAUCCGAGGGCUGAUGGAGACGGUUGAUCUGCUGCAGUCUCAGGUGGACGAACUGCAGCACGAGGUGGAGCAGAUGAAGAGGAGCUCGCCUCAGAAGGAGCGGGCGACACCUCAGGGGGCUCGCAGUGUGUCUUGUCUGAAGGAGCUGCAGGAUGCCCUCAGCUAUUCUGACUCAGAGGAGGGUCCCCUCGAGGAGCCGGAGGCCUCCUGGCAGGAGGAGGCUCAGACAGCGCUGCGUCACUCUCUCCAAAACCUCCAGAUGCAGUUUGCAAGCGAGCGUGCUCGGAGAGACCAGGCGGAGCGAGAGGUGGCGCUGCUGAGCCGAGAGAAUGAGACUCUGGAGCAGCAGCUGGCCGGGAUGGAGAGGUGUCAGGCCCGUGUGUCAGAGCUGGAGCGCGAGGUGGAGGACCUGCACCACGCCUGGAAGUCCGAGUCGUCUCCCAGGUGCGGCAGAACCGUCAACAUGUCGGCCACCGCGCUGCUCCAGACAGAGGAGGGCGCCGAUGAGGUGAAACCCUCCUGGGUGCUGACGCACUCCAGCAGGGAGCGACUCUUGAAGGCCACCGACUCGCUGGACUCUCCGGACAGGGUCCUGGAUCACGAGUGUUUGUGCGCACGCCGGGCCGAGGUAGUGAAGUAUCGGGGGAUCUCCCUGCUCAACGAAGUGGACGCCCAGUACAGUGCCUUGCAGGUGAAGUACGACGAGCUGCUGCGCCGCUGCAGCCAGGAUGAUGAGCUGGAUGGCUGUCAAACCUUGAGCUGUCCUGCUCGCACGUACAAGUCGGACUUGGAAGACGACUUCCACCAGCCUGAGUAUAAGGAACUCUUCAGGGAAAUCUUUUCCCGCAUUCAGAAAACCAAAGAGGACCUGAUCCAUAACCGAGGGAGGCCGGUGCCUUGAUGCCAUUAGAGCCAUCAAAGAGUGACUCGUCCUGGUCUUCCCACGAGUCAGUGUCUCUGUGGACGUCCAAGAUAUCCCAAGCCAUCUUAUCCAACUAUGUUUGGAACAUCAGCUGCAUACAAGUAUCUCUGGUGCUGACCCAAGUCCACUGAGCUUUUGUUUAUCAGCACCUUGGAUUCAAACCAUCAAAUGCAGGACCAACAUUAGUUGCCAGGUUGGUCAAUGUGGACGGUUGAACUGAAAAAAAAGUGUGGAGGAGAGUACAGCUUCCUGUCUGCCGGUGUCUUCCUUCACACCACCUCUUCUUCUGUCUCAACAUAUGAUCUGCAUCUUCAUCACAUUUACUCAAGCAUGUCCAUGUAAUCUGAGAUGACAAUGCAACAAGUACUACUCAGAGCAUCUUAUUUAACCUCCAAUUCUUCUUCCAGAGGACAACAGUAGUUAGUCGCGUGAAUCACCGGUAAAUCACAAGCAAUGCUGCAGUCUGCUGUGCGCUGAUGUGUAAUGAACAAAAACAAAGAGGAGUUAAGGUGCUAAUGCUAGACUUUGUAACUUAUACUUGACUGUUAAAGAAGGUGAGUGGGAUGUAGCCAAACGUGUCUGAGACCUGGUAGUCUGCUUUUGUAAUUGAGUGUUUAGGUGCUGCUGUAGUAAAUGUGAAAAUGCACUUUAGCAAACUUGAGACUGUUCUGUUGUCAUAGACUUGAAUUUGUGUGUAACAAUGCACCUGCUCUGUGUCUGAUGGACGAAUUCUGAGCCAUAAAGUAGUAAAGCCAGAUGCAAUCGCAAGGUUCCGUGUCAUUA